AUGGAUGACCGUAUUCUUAAAAAUGUUGCUCAAGCGAAUCAAAUUUUUAAAGAAAAUUUUCGAUCACAAACAGCACAAAACAAUGAUAAAGCAUAUCUUCUUCAUCUUAAUCAAGAAUUAAGACGCUGGACAGUAAAUACAGAUGAAUUGAUGAGAGAGAUUAUUGAAGAAAAAACUGAUGAAAUAAAACGUAUUUAUGAACAAUUUACAGCAGAAUAUAAUCAAAAAUAUGAAACAUUCAAACAACAAUUACAAAAUACUCGUUCGUUAUCUGAUUCAAACGAUCAAAUUGAAGAGUUUAAUAUUUAUUGUCGAUCAAAUACAAUUCAAAAUCGUUUACGUUUAAUUAUACAACAAGUUGCAAAAAAUGAAUUAGCCGAAAAAAUUCAACUUGAAUAUUUGCCAUAUCGUGGUGUAAUACGAGACAAACCAAUUAAACCAUCAGAAACACCGAUUUAUAUUAAACAUGAACCAAUUAUUCGUAGUCGUUCAUCAUCAAUAACAUCAUCAAUUCCAGUAUCAACAAAAGUAAUACAUAAACAAUAUACUUCAGAUCAAAAUAUUCAUAAAAAUGGAUCGAUGUUAAAACCAAUACAAGAUCCUUUGAAUAGAGAACCAUCUUAUUCUAAAAUUAAAUCAACAAAAAUAACAACAACAACGUUAGCAGACGAUAAUCUUCGACAAGGUUCAACUCAAUUUUUCGUUGGCAGUCAUCAUAAUUUAACUCCUAUUCUUGUUGAUAGAAAUCGUGACCUUUACAAUAAGGAUGAACAAAUAACGGAAUACUCUAUUGAUUCUAUAGCAAUGCCAUAUAAUGAACAGAAUCAAUCUGACCGUAUGAAUCUUAAUACAGAUAAUGAUAUAACGGUAGUGACUGCUUAUAAAGUUCUUAUAGAAAAGGAAAAUGAUCGUCAACAACAACAACGAUCAAUAUCGAAUUACGAAGGCGAAGACUCAAAUUUUCUUAAUGUAUUUAAUUUACGAAAAUUAAAUCAAAUUAAUUAUUCAACAAUAAUGUUUCGAGAAUGUGAAACGGAAUAUAAUUGUAUAGCUAGUUCAACAAAACGAAAUGAAUUAGUCGUAUAUAAUUCAAAAUUAAAGGUUAUAAUUAUUUUACAACAUGAAAAUUAUCAACAAUGUCGUCAUCGAUUCUAUUUACAUUGGCCAAAAGAAUUUAGUCCAAGAAUAUCUGAUAUAACAUAUAGUGAAAGUAGUGAUAAAUUUUUAAUUACAACAUGGGAUAGUUGUCAUAUAUAUUUAUUUGAUCGUGAUUUAUUAUCUAUUAUCAACUUCGGUUGUUUACCAAAAGGUGCAAAAACUGCAGAAGAGGCAACAUUACGUCGUAUUCAUUGUGAUCAACGAACUGUGUAUUGUAUACAUGGUAAUAAUUAUCUUUUAGAAUACGAAUUAGAUGAAGAUAAUUCAAAUUUAAAUUUUAUUAAACGAAUAAGAUUAUUUAAUCCAUCUACUUUUUCACAAGAUACAGCUUAUCAUUUAUUAGAUGUUACUUGUGAUGCGAAUUAUUUAGUUAUUGUUUAUUCAGAUAAUCAUGAUGAAAUACAUUUACAAAGUCUUAAGCGACGAACAUAUGAAUUUCAUAAUGACUUAGUUGUAGAUAGCAAUUAUCCUAUUAAUCAAAAUUAUAUACGAGUAGAAUCAACAAAAUACAAUAAAAAUUUUAUUUAUCUUAAUGGUUCACGAGAUUAUUUAAAAGAAAUUGAUUUAGUCAAUUACGAAAAUGGAAAAGUAUCAUCCGUUGUACGUCGACAUACAAAACCAACAAAUCUUUGUUUUCUUAACGAUGGUCGAUUAGUAAUUCUACAUGAAGAACCCUACUUCUUAUCAGUACAUGAUUUACAUAAUCGUCCAGCCAUAAAUGAAUGA